GAAUUAGUCGCCGACAAACCAAUCGGUAAUCGAUUGCCCAACCGAACCGGCAACAAGUGAGAAAAUAGCAAAACAAAUGCCAUAGUUAUGUACAAAUUACGCUUACUAUGCCAGCUUCAGCACAGCUGCAUCAGAGGAUUGCCACCACAUCGAUUCCUUGCCAGCGCGCACAAGCGACGCCCCCAACUAGGCGCCGUGCAAUCGGAUCAGCUAGAGCAACUAAAGUCUGAAUAUUUCGCGAGAAGCGAAGCUCUUAGCAACGCGGAAUGGCAGCACGUGAGGAGUGUACUGAGUGGCAGGAAUAAAUAUAUCAGCGCACAUAAUGUCGAUGCCGUCAUACUGGGCAUGUGCGCCAGCGGCGAACAGUUGCCGCUAGCUAAGAGCUAUCUGCGCUAUCUAGAGACUAGCGAAAUCGAACCCAAUGCCGCGACAUUAGGCCGCCUGUUGCGCGUUUACCAUUCUGCCCACCAGCUGCGUAUGCUCAGCGAUAAGGAGCAGUCUGAGAUUAUGCAGAUCUGUGAUAGGCUGCAAGGCAGCCAUGAGAUCCUCGACGCCAGCAGCUGUGAAAAUUUGAUUUAUGGUCUGGUGGCCACCACGGAGCAUUGGCAACGUGCUGUGCACUUUCUACAGAUGAUGAAGGUGACAAGCACACCCACUGUGUCGGCGUACAGCGCCGUGGCUGCCAAGGCGUUCACCUGCUCGCAGCCGGAGCUCGCUUGGCGAUUGCUGGAGGAGAUGCUAGAGCAGCGCAAGCUGCCCAAAUGCGAAGUGUAUGUGGCGCAGCUUGAAAGCAGUGCACGCGAUGUGGCAGGCUUCGCGCUCCAGGUGGAUCGACUAUUGCAUUUUCUGGGCAAGCACAACAUUCUCAUCACUGAUAAGGUGGCGCAACAGCUGCUCAAUCUCGCCCAGCAGAUGCCGCAGCAGCUGCAGGUAACGUCGACGCAUUUGGAGCGCCUGGGGAAAUGUGCCGCCUGCCAACAACACUUGGAACAUGUGGCCAUCAGUGAGGCGGAGUUUGCCAGUCUGCGCGAUGCGUUUCUGGACAAGGUGCUCAUACGCAACGACAUAUUCCAGAAGUCAACGCCUGCUGAAGUGGAGCGCUUCAAGCGCUAUGUGGAGCAAACGGCGCCCUACGAUUGUGUCAUCGAUGGGUUGAACGUUGCCUAUUCCACGGGCAACAAGAAGCCGCCAACACAGCUGGCACAACUCUUGGCCACCGUAGUGCGGUAUUUCAAGGAGCGACGGAAGCGUGUCUUGGUGCUGGGCCGACAGCAUAUGCGCAGUUGGUCAAAGCCGGCCAUGCAAUACAUCCAAAGCAAUGCCUGCGUCUUCCUCACCAGCAAUAUCUCUCAAGACGAUCCGUUCUUGCUAUACGCUACACUGCACAGUGGCCAGGACACAGACUUCUUCUCGCGUGAUCUGAUGCGCAGUCACGCCUUUCUGUUGGGCAACGAGUUGAAGUCCACGUUUCGUCGCUGGCAACAGGAGCAUCAAUAUUCACUAGCUACCCAAACGCAGCCUAUGGGAAAGAUCGUGGUAAAGGAGCCGAUACGGUAUCUGCUUAGCACCCAUAAGCUGGACAAGGGUGUGUGGCAUGUGCCAUGCAUUGAGAGCUACACGGCCAAUCCCAGCGAUCGCUUUGAGGUGCCACAAAGAUGGCUCUGCGUCAAGCUUGCUGCUACCAACUAAAUAUGCACUGAUUUGGAUUUUACAUUUGCUGUUUUGCUUGUUAUUGUUGGGAGAAAAAAAUGCGGAAAACUAAAAAGAAAAAACAAAAAUGAUAAGGAAAGGGAUUUGGAUUCACUCGCAGUCGAGGCGCGAACACUUGUGGAAGGCAUCGUAGUUGAAUGUGGACAAUCUCUUGCGACGCUGCUCAUUU